AUGUCAUUUCCAGUAGAACCUGAACGACAUCAACAAUGCAAUCCCGGAAAUUUUCUCGCGCCAAAUCCAGGACCUAACCCCGAUAUAAGCCCUGCAAUAUUGUUUGAGUCAUUUCAAAAUGAAGAAGUCAACCAGGGACUGCUACAAGUGGUAGAAGCAACAUACAGACCGCUCCUAAAGUUGAUGAAGGUCUUUGGGUUAUAUUUUGAGGAUGUGUCUUUAAGACGUGUAGGACAAAACUCUUCCCCCCAAUCUACAAGUUUCAAACACAAGGGUUACAUCUCAAGGAUUUACUGUGGCUUUGUCGUUACUGGUUUGUGGUUUCANCAAAUCCAGGACCUAACCCCGAUAUAAGCCCUGCAAUAUUGUUUGAGUCAUUUCAAAAUGAAGAAGUCAACCAGGGACUGCUACAAGUGGUAGAAGCAACAUACAGACCGCUCCUAAAGUUGAUGAAGGUCUUUGGGUUAUAUUUUGAGGAUGUGUCUUUAAGACGUGUAGGACAAAACUCUUCCCCCCAAUCUACAAGUUUCAAACACAAGGGUUACAUCUCAAGGAUUUACUGUGGCUUUGUCGUUACUGGUUUGUGGUUUCACGUAAUUGUUCCUCUGGUGAGUGUCUUUCUUGAACCUAGACCCUAUCUCUUCCUGUUGUUCGUAAUAUGGCAUCUUUUAGCUGCCCUCGUAGCUACGAUCUGCUUGAUUGUACUUCCUUUAAGGCGAACGAGCAACUCACGUUUUCAAAUCUUUCUCUCCAAAGUCAUUAAAAUAAAGACAAACACUGUAAACCUUAAAAAGGCAAAAGCCAAAGGGCGGGAUCACUUGAUUCUAUUUUCUUGCUUCUUUGUAUGUUCUGUUGCUAGUGUGAUUGUAAUGGAUAAAGUUGUGGAUAUCAACAUGGGAAGCUAUAAACCAUGGUAUGCAUGGUAUGGGUUUAGGAUAACGUGGGUGGCCUCUGUCAUCAUUGGCUGUGGUAUUUGGGUGCUACCGCUUAUUUUUUUCUGCCUCUCAUGCUUAAUCAUGGAAGCUAUUUUCGAUGACCUUUACACACAAAUGCCAGUUAUGGAAUUUACAGAGCUGAAGAAAAGGCUUAAGGAGCUUUGCGAAGUAGUUGAGCUGGCUGACCGCAUGUUUUCGCCCCUUUUUUUCGUAACCGUUGGUCUGUAUAUCACAAUCAUGUGUUUCAAUUUCUACCACAUUGUCAAUUUACCUCAGGGAAAUCCCUUUAUGUUUCUUUCUGUUACGUUGUUCUGGGUCUUGGUUACAGCUGCACUUUUGGCAAUAAUUAUGGUGUUCGGAUCAACAAUCAACGAAAAGGUACGCAAAGAACUGAUGAUGGCUUAUACAUGUACGAGUGAUGUAGUAUCUUUCAUUAAAAAAAAUAAUAAAUUGAGCUUGUUCACUCCAUUGAGGUUCAACGGCCUCUAAGUGGAUGUUAAAUUUAAAGACAUAAUGGAGAUAAUGUAACAGUAAGUGAUAUUUCUAUGGCUAUGGUCAGUUUAGAUAGGCGUACGUAUUUCAUGUCAAAAGUCCUUAUUUCCUCUAGUUUGUUUUAAAAACAUAAAGUCGGAGAUAUUCAUUGAUAUUUUGCGUGGUUUUGUAAUAAAACAAUUAUUACAAUCGCCCUUGUUUGAUACGAGUUUAUUAUCAACCAUCUCGGUGCAUCUAUCAUCUCGUAUCGAAUGUGCGCUCGAGGAAUAACUGUUAAUUAUUCAUGACUGACUUUGGGUGGACAGCGGCACAACAGAUGAACUGAUUUGCCCUUCUUUUGGUUGUUUUGUUAUUACCAACGUAGCUAUGUAAGUUAAACUCGAAAUUUAAUUCAGGAAAAUAAAUUCAGCUAAAGGUCGGAGUGGGUCUGAAAUUUGGAAAUGUUGGAUUGUGUUUCCAUGACUUGACUUACCAGUUACGCUUUUUCUGUUAUCCUAAACGUACUGAUAUUUUUUACACAGGUGGAAGGCAUUCAACAGGUUCUGCAAACAUUGCCUGUUUCAAGCGAGGAGCCAGGAAAGGUAAAGAUAUAAAAAUUGCUUGAGUCUUCAGUACCCCAUAACCACACAGACAAAAGGUGCUAAACUACACUCUUUCUUAUAUAUAUGUAUUUUAAAAUACUUAAUGACUGGUCCCGAGGGAAACAGUUAAUUUCGUUUCCCGAUAAUUCCACAGCGUCGAGAAACAUUGAGAUUUGAGGGCAGCUGUCGUCGGUCAACAUUCGCGGGAAACAGUGCACUGUUACCCUCUGACGUCAUAGAUUUUUCACUGUUGCCCGUGCAGUGAUUUUGGCGCGAAAACGUUUCAGUGAGAGCGCGCGCUGUUGGGAAAAGAAUUCCAGCAAAAUAACAAAAGAAUAUAUUUUAUAAGAAUAUCGAGGCUGAUAUUUGCAAAAUUUUAAAACUUAAGGCUGACAUUUUGAAAAGGAUAUAAAUAUUUUGUCUGUUGAAAAUCUGUUGAUACAAUACAAUAUAUUAUUUAUGUUUCUAAACUGCAAAACUAGUCACCAAAACGAGAAAAACCUGCUUUGAUUGCAAUUAAUAUCUUAAUAUAUUUUAGAACGGAAAGAAUAAUGCAACAAUAUUUUCAGCCUAUAACCAGUAGAAAAACAAGAAUAUUCAGAGUGGGCCGGAAAAACUUCAAAGUCAACUCACAACUAAAAUUAAUUGUAUAUCAAAGACAGAAAAACAGGUGAAGAAAGGAAAUAAGAGUUGCCUAUUUAUCCUAAGUGGUUGCCAGUUAAAAAAAGUUUCUUUUAUGGCAUUGGGAAGCUAGCCUUUUAUAUUAAACAACAAAUUGUAUAUUAUACUGUCAUCAUCAUCACCAUCAUCAUCAUCAUCAUCAUCAUCAUCAUCAUCAUCACCACCGCUAUCAUCAUCAUCAUCAUCAUCAUCAUCAUCAUAAACACUGCCAUCAUCAUCAUCUUAAUCAUCACCAUCAUUAUUUAUAGAAGGUUUUAUUCAUCACUUAGUCUGCGAUUUUUCCCCUGACCUCUUGUUUUCUUUUGUGUCUUUAUGUUCAGAUCGAAUGUAUUUGUCAUUUUUUUCUUCUUUCAGAUACUUAUGUUAAUGCUGUUGAUUAUGGAUCUCCAAGGGCAACCCAGGGGACUUUCAAUCGGUGGUCUCACAAUUAUUAACAAAUCUCUUUCGUUAACGGUAAAUAUGAUAUGA